AUGGGCGGCUCCCGCCGCCAACCUGCUGGCCCCAAACCUGCCACUGCCAGCAUCCUCUGCCUCCACGGCGGCCGCCAGUCGGCGGAGCUCUUCAGGCAGCGAAUCGACCGGCUUCGUGCGCGCUGCCAAGCCGAAGGCAUCCGCCUGAUAUUUGUUGACGCGCCAAUGCUGCAGCCGGACGGGAGCCGGUGCUGGUACGACGAGGACGGCGGCGACGCGGCUGGCGCAGCCAGCGCUGCGGCGAUCGCGGUCCGUGAGGAGUGGGAGCGCCACGCGCCGGUGAGCGGGCUGCUGGGCUUCUCUCAGGGCGCGGCCGUGGCGGCAGCGACCGCCCUGUGCUCUGGUGGCGACGAUGCGCCCCUCCCGGGACUGCGGUUCGUCAUCCUGGCCGGCGCGCCGCACGAGCCGCUGCCGGUGGCGACGGGGCAUCGCUCGCGGCUGCCGUCGCUCCACCUCUUGUCUGCCGCCGACUCUGCCGUGCCGGCGCACAGCAGCGAGGCGGUGGCGGCGCGCUUCGAGGAGGCGCAGGAGCUCGAGGCGGCGGAGGCCAUCUUCGGGCCCGACUUUGCGCUCGACGAGGACAGUCUCGACGGCGAGGCGCUGCAGGCGGCCGCCGCAGAGGCCUCCGCCGCCGCGGCUGCAGACCCUAAGGGGCGGGCGGGCCCAGCUCCUCCGGUCCGCUUCAGCGUCCGCCUCACCGGCGACAGCGGCACGAGCGCAGAGCAGCUCCCUCCCUCCGAGCUGCGACUCGCUGUCCAGAUGGGAGGCGAGCUGGUCCACUGCAUGCUCGAGCACGAGAUGCCGCCCGACGGCGCUGCUGCGCUGCUCGAGGCUGCGCGCGCCGCCGCCGCAGCAGCAGCGCUCGAGGCGGAGCCCGACGGCUCGAGCGCUGCGGUCUGGAGUGCGGCGCUGCUCGCCGAGUUGAGUGAGGAGGCGCCUUCGGCGGGAAAGAGCACGCUCUUCAACGCGCUCACGCGAGCCGGGUCGGCGCCGGGCGCUGCCGAGGAGGCGAAGACGGGGGCGCAGCCCUUCACCACGAUCGAGCCGAACCUCGGGCAGGCGUCCUUGGGCGGCAAACCUCGGCUAAUCUCGGGCCAUCUCGGGUCAUUUUGGGUCAUCUCGGGCAGGCCCGACGGCCGGCGGCUGCUGCCGUGCCGGCUCAUCGACAUCGCUGGCUUGGUGCCCGGCGCGUACCUCGGGAGGGGGAAGGGGAACCUCUUCUUGCAGGAGCUCUGCCGCUCGGACAGCCUCGUCCACGUCGUGGACGCCUCCGGCACCACCGACGAGGGCGGCAACCUGCAGGACGCGCCCGAGCAGCUGCAGCAGCACGGCAGAGGCGGGCGCGCCGUCGUCGCCGAGAUCGGCUGGGUGCGCGCCGAGAUCCACUUGUGGGUCUUCACCAACGUCUGCGCCAAGCGGCCGACGUGGCGGCGGCGGCCCGAGAAGCUCGGAGGCAUGUUCACCGGCUACGGCUGCUCGCCUGCCCUCGUGGCCGGCGUGCUCAAGCGAGCGCGCGCCGCUAUCAUCAAGGCCACCGUCGGCGCCGAGGAGAGCGGCGCGCCCGACGCCGAGGUGCUCGCGGCGGCGUGCGGCGGCACGGCGGAGGAGGACGGCCGCGAGCCGUCGCUCCGCCGGCCGCACGACGUCGCGCUCCACCGGCUGGUUGCGCACUUCGUCGCCGCCCGCUGGCCAGUCGCCGUCGCCCUCAACAAGGUUGACGUGCCCGGCGCGACGCGGCGCGUGAAGAAGGCGCGGGCGCGGCAUGUGGAGGAGGCGCGGGCGCAGUACCCCUCGCGCGUGCUUGUGCCCGUCUCGGCGCGCAGCGAGGUGGAGCGCCUCCGCGCCCACGCCAGCGCCGGCGCCGACGGGGCACGCUCCUACUCGCCCGACGGGUCGACGGGCACCUUGGACGUGCUCUCCGCCGCCGUCGCGCUGCGGCCGCCGACGCUCGCCUUCCCGAGCUCCGACCUCGCCACACUCGCCUCGCUGGGGCGGGGGGCGAACGCGGCGCGCCUCUUUGACUGCCUGCUGCUCAGGCCGUUGUCGACCGUCGCCGACCUCUGCGAGGCGGUCCGGCGGGAGGGGCUUUGCGCCGGGGAUCUGGUGCGCGCCGAAGCGCGUGGCGUCUUUACCCCGGAGGUGGCAGUCGUCCGGCGGGACGAUGUCGUUGCCGCCAAGGGCCCAAUAGUGCGCCUGCAGACGAGGAGGGCGGCCUGGCAGGGCCGCGCGGAGGCCGCGGAACAAGCGGAGGAGCACCAGCGCGGCACCAAGGCGUGCGGGCGGCGGAGGCAAACAGGAUAG